CGUUAUCUGAAGAAUCGUUAUCUGAAUUCAAUACUGUUUCGGGUCAAUCCCAUUCCGUGUGUACGUGUACACCAUGAAGGAGGUGAUUCUGGGACUGCUUCCCCUCCUAUUGGCUGUGGUCCUGGUGGAUGCCAUGUCUCCACCACCCCUACCUUGCACAGAUUUCCUGCCUAACUGCGACUCCUACGCAGAUUCCGCCUGUACCGGGACCUACGAGUCGUGGGCAAGAGUGAAAUGCGCGCGCAGAUGUGGCUUCUGUGGUUCCCCACCGCCCGCCUCCCCGCCUCCCCUGUGUAAAGACCAUCUGGACAACUGUAACCAGUUCCAGGCUGACACGUGCACCAACAGCUUCUACCGGAAAUGGGCGGAGGAUAACUGCCGGAAGUCGUGUGGGUUCUGUGGCAGCACCACGCCUGGUGUGCCCACCCCUCCGAUGCCCACAAGACAUUUUUAGGAUGAAAACAGUCGCCUACCUUCUACAUUGUUGAUUCUCUUCACAAUAAAUGUCUUGCCAACA